AUGAACCCUUCAAAAGAUGAAAGUAAAAAAAAUGGAAAAGAAAAUACACAAAAUAAUACUUCUGGAAAUGUAAAUAGUAAUAAUAAUAAUAAUAAUAAUAAUAAUAAUAAUAAUAAUAAUAAAACCAACCAACUUAAUGCUAAUUCCAUGGUUGAUGAUAAUUCAACUAUUGCACCAAAUGCAAUAUAUUAUACUCAUGAUCGUAGUUCUAAUAACCAUGCUCGAAGCAUAAUUUCAGAUACAACUACAUUACACCAUGAUACAAAUACCAACAUAACCACUUUUAAUAAUGCAACUUCUUCAAUAAAUUCUAUUACUACUAAUAAUAACAAUAAUGAUAUAUCGAAUUCAGAUUUAAGCCAAUGGGUGUAUAAUAAUAAUAGAUUAUCCCUUAAUAGAUCUAUUAAUCAAACUUUGGACAUUUUAAGGAAAGUCUCUUUGAUUCAACCAACUAAAUCAAAUAAUUCAUCAGAGCAAAAAUCAACUGAUCAAAUUAAAUUUACUUAUCCAUUAACACAAAUGAAUGAAAAUUUAAAUAUCUUAAAAUUGGAUUUAAAGAUCAAUCAUCGUAUGAAUACUUCUUUAUCUUCUACGACUUCUAAUUUAAAUAAUGAUUCGUUGACUAAUUUAUUUCAUUUCCAAUUAACUCAAUCAUUAAAUCAUUUAAAUUCUUUAAAGAUUCGUGUUAAUGAUAUCAAUUCAAAAGUCUUAAUUACGGGUGAUAUCAAUACAGGGAAAUCAAAUUUAUGUAAUAGUUUAUUGAAAAAAAAAAAAUUAUUACCUGAAGAUCAAUUACCGUGUACAAAAUUAUUUUGUGAAAUUAGAGAAGCCAGCGAAAAUAAUGGUAUUCAACAGAUACAUGCCAUACCGAUUAAAACUUCUGAUUCAUCAACUUUAAGGGGCGCAACACUACAUUCAGUUAAAGAUGCGAAUGAGUUUUAUAAUAUAAACUCCUCAACUACUUAUGAAGUCUUCCCUCUUGAUACAUUAAAGGAAUUGGUUUAUCAAAAUGAUAAAUACAUUUUAUUGAAAAUUUACAUCAAGGAAAAUAUAAAACAAACUGGUGAAAAUAAUGUAGCCAUCGAAAAAUCUUUAUUGAAAAAUAAUAUAAUGAAUAUAUCAUUGAUUGAUUCUCCAGGUUUAAAUGUAGAUUCAAUUCAAACUACAGAAAUUAUGUCAAGGCAAGAGGAAAUUGAUCUAGUGAUUUUUGUCAUAAAUGCCGAAAAUCAAUUGACAUUAUCUGCAAAGGACUUUAUUAAUUUGGCUUCCAAUGAAAAAAAAUUGAUAUUCUUUGUUGUUAAGAAAUUUGAUAAAAUCCAUGAUAAAGAACGUUGUAGGAAAUUAAUUCUUGACCAAAUCAAAGAUCUUUCACCAGAGACUCAUAAAAGGUCAUCUGAAUUUAUUCAUUUCCUUUCAUCUGCGCCAGAUUCAGAUCAUGAAGGUGAUGACGGUGGUGAUUAUGACAACGAUGAUGAUGCUAAUAAUGAUGAUCCAGAUUUCGAUCAUUUACAAACAUCUUUGAAAAAUUUUAUUCUUAAAAAAAGAGCUGAAUCGAAACUAUUACCUGCAAAGACAUAUCUUUGCAGAAUUUUGGAUGAUUUGAUUUUCAUCUCAAAUUUCAACAUUAAACAAUUUGAAAAUGAUUAUUUGAAUUUGAAAUCAGAACUAGAUAAAAUACAACCUGAAAUUAACAAUAAAAAAAUUCAUUUUCAAAGAUUAAAUAAUAAUAUUGAUGCUUUGAUUGAAAACACAAUCGAUUCAUGUUCUAAAUUCACACGACAAAAAAUUGAAAAUUCGUUGAAUUUUCAAUUUAUUGAUUUACCAAAUUACACUGGUAUAGUGAAUCUUUAUGAAUUUGUUUUAAAGACACAAAUAUUCAUUAAAAACCAAAUCCUAAAUAGUUUAAAUGAAGCUGAACAAUUUGCUAAAGAUAGCACAAUUAAAAGCGUGGAAACCAUUGUAGAAUUGGGCAAAGCAGAAUUAGGUGACGAAUUCAUGUCAAAUAGAUCAUUUAAUAGUAAUUUGAUGUUUACAAAAGUACAUCAUAAUGAUAUUAAGGCUCUAUAUAUACCAUUGUCAUUUAAAGAUAUGGUUUCACCAUCUUGGACAGGCUUUAUCAGCUAUGUAACAUGUGGUUUGUUUCAACCUUUUAAUAAAAGAAUAAAAAGUGGUAGUGCUUCAGAAAAAAAUGAUAGAAACAAAUCACAAGCCAUGCAAGAUUCCAAACAAGUGACUACUCAGAUAAAAUCUACUUCAAAUGCCUUAACUAAAUUAGGUUUAAACAAUUAUUCAAUGGAUCAAUAUUGGUUGAAUCCCUCUCUCUUGUUUUCGUCAAAAAUCCCUGCUAUGGCUGUUUAUUCGGUAGGGGGCGCAAAGGCACUGGAGUCAAUUUUAUUCAAUGGAAUUAAAUUUUUCUCAUGGGACAUAAUCAAACAUUCUAUAGGCCCAAUCUUUUUAACAGCAUCUGUUCUAGCUGCAGCUUAUCUAAUUCAAGAUAUUUCGAGAGCUGUUCCAUUUAAUUUACUAAUAAAAUACGAAACUAAAUUAAAAGAAAAAAAUUAUGGCCAAUUAAAUGCAGAUAGAAUCACAAGAGAGGUAAGAAAUGUUUUACGUGUCCCAAGUCGUUCAAUUCUUACUACCUGUGAUAUUAAUCUAGAUCAAAAGCAAGGCACCAGAAGAGAGAUUGAAUCGAAGAUUGCAUGCAAUAAUACUUCUAUGACCUUUUUUAAACAGAUCCUGGAUAGGUCGACUAAACAACGGACUCUUAUCGAUAGUAUCAGUCUAGAUAUUGAUUAA